GUACGAAGUUCGCUGGGUCAGCUAUAUUACUAUAAUUUCACAAUGUACCGAGGUGAAAUAAAUUCUGGCGAAGCUUAAGUUUCUCUUUCGCUCUGACAAUAUGAUGAAAUGUAAAUAGAUGUAUUAUGAAUUCGGUACAGUGUUAUAAAAGGCUUCCUUGUUUGGUUAGGUCUGGUUACGCCUGGUUAGGCCGAGUGUGUAGUUUUGUACCCUUCCUCAUAUAUUACAAACACACAUCUCUAUUAUAAAAUAAAUCUGUUCCAAAGUUCAUUGUUUGCUAUGCGGUAACCCUUAAUUUGAUAACUUCCCUUGUUCUCCGUAAAACAAUAACGAAGUAGCCUGUUUCAUUUUAUUCUCUAUACGUUUCUUUGUUUGAAUUGAAUGAGGAACAGUAUUAUUUUUCGAUUAAAGAUUGGACGAAUGAUGGACCCAUGGAUUGGGUUCAUGGCCCGUCUUCUUAUUUCAAGGCCUGUGCCACAGCAGUGGGGCAGGAACAUCAUUAUCUGAGGAAGAUUAUAAAAACAUCACAAUAUUAUAUGUAUAAUUUGUUACAAUGAAAAAUAUAAAUAAUAAAUGAAAAGAUGUGCACAGGAAAAUCAAGCGUCAUAGACUGUAUUUUACUUCAUCAGAAGCAUUCGAUAAAGUUUCAGAAACAUGUGGCUUAUGAAACCAGUGAUAAUUUGUUGCGUCUUACUUAUCUUCACAAAUCAAUAUGCCUGGAAACCUUGAAAGUUCAUUUUAUAGUCCGACAUCAACAAUUACCUUUGGCGUACCGCAAGGUUCCCAUUUGGGACACUCAUUGUUUAUAAAUGUGACCUAGGAACUUAGAACUUAGUUUUGAAUCAAACAAACCUUUCAAUGUUGAAAAAAAUAUUCACACUACGUGUUUAGUAGAAUAUUAAUUUUCUUUUAAGUAAAUACUGUGUUAUUUUUACACGUGCUUGUGUCAAAGGUCAUGUAUGCGGCGGAGUGUGGAUGGUUGUAUCAGUUAUGAAGUGGGUGGCUUUGACGACGCUCAUCGCUACCGGGCUAGUCCAAAUACCCUCCCCCGUGGUGAGGGUCUCCAGCGGGCUGUUAAGGGGCCGCCUGGACCCUGGAGGUACCUUUUACCAGUAUCUGGGCGUGCCGUACGCUACCGUGGAUGAAACUAAUCGGUUCAAGGCUCCCUUGCCACCACCAACAUGGAACGGUGUAUUCGAAGCAAUCAAUGAUAACACUUGGUGCCCCCAAAUGCUGCUGGGUUCGGCAAUUCGAGUAGGAUUCGAUCCGAACUGUCUAAAGUUGAAUAUAUAUAGCCCCGUCACUUCUAAUUCAGAAAGUUUGCUCCCUGUGAUGAUCUACAUCCACGGAGGUAGCUUCAUAGAAGGUGCUGGUAACCGUUUUCUCUAUGCAGGAGACUAUUUCACACUUCAUGGUGUUAUAUUCGUUGGCAUCAACUACAGACUUAACGUUGAAGGAUUCCUGUGUUUAGGCAUAAAGGAAGCGCCUGGAAACACAGGUUUGAGAGACCAAAUAGCUGCUCUUAAGUGGAUAAAGAACAACAUAAAGCUAUUCGGAGGUGAUCCAGACAAUGUUACUGUGUUCGGUGAAAGUGCUGGUGCUUCUUCGGUGUCCUUCUUGAUGCUCAGUCCGGCAGCUAGAGGACUUUUCCACAAAGUUAUCAUGCAAAGCGGAUCCUCUGUAACACCCUGGUCUAUGCAAUAUGACCCCUUAGAAACAGCGAGCAAACUAGUCUAUCAAUUAGGAUAUCGUACCAAAGAUCCUUACGAAAUGUAUGAUAUAAUUUCAAAGAAAUCUCAUUUCGAGCUUGUUAAAGCGACAACGUCAUGUUCCGAAACCAAAUAUCUGAUAAUGCCUCAUAUUCUGUUUGGCCCCUGUGUUGAGAAUGAAAUAGAGGGUGUAGAACCAAUACUCACAGGAUAUCCUCUAGACAUAAUAAAUUCAGGGAAUUAUACUAAAGUGCCAAUGAUAGUCGGCAACAAUAAUAAAGAGGGAAUAUUUUUUGUCUCAUUAGACUACGGCAAAAAUGUUAAAGAAGUUGACGUUGUGGAGCACAUAAAAAAAGCUUUUACUUUCCCCAGUGAAAGGGAACGAAAUGUGACUGCCGAAAAAAUUCAAAAAUUUUACUUUUCGUCCGGGAAGGAAGAUUUGGUGAUGCGUUUGAUAGACUUGUAUUCAGAUAUGUAUUACAAGUUUCCUAUUAGAACGGAGACGGCCUUAUAUGCACGGACCACGGACCAGCCAAUAUAUUUUUAUAAUUUUAAGUACAGUGGGUAUAUGAAUAUAGCUAAGUUUAGUGCUAAUUUCGCUAGUGUGGUUGGUGCAAGUCAUGGCGACGAGCUGUUCUAUAUGAUGCGUAGUUACUUACUGCCUUUUCCUGAGCGAUGGCUGGAAAAUACCACCCGCAGGCGGAUGCUUACCAUGUGGACGAACUUCGCCAAAUUCAGUGAUCCAACUCCAGCGAUGUCAGAAUUGUUGCCAGUUAAAUGGCUCCCUAGCCGGGAAUGGAACCCCGCCGCACUCGUGAUCGACUCUACUUUUACCAUUGCACCACUGUGGGAUGAGCCAUCGAUGACCUUCUGGAACGACACUUACAACAAAUAUCGAAGAAAAUACAUCUAUUUAAAUAAAAACUAA